AUGGCAAGACAUCUUCGCUUCGUUGCUCGGACUAUAAUGGUUCGAGAUGGGAACUUGGACGAGGCUUACAAACAUCUCAAUAGGGUCCUCACCCAAGACGGGAUCAUUGAGACGGUGAAACGCAAGCGCUACUAUGAGAAGCCCUGCAUCGAGCGUCGGCGAAAGAGCUAUGAGAAGUGUAAGCGUAUCUACGAUACAGAAAUGGCCAGGAAAAUUGCUUUCAUCUCCAGGACAAACCGAAUGGAUCCUUGGCUUGGUUCUUAG